GCUUCAAUGUGACGGUCGGACCUGAGCGCCUGCCAUGGAGCUGCAGAAAGAGGCGCGAACACCCAGGGACCCCGUCGCGCGGCUACCCGGGGCCUCUAGGUCUCAGAAGCCGGACGAGGAGGAGCGGCGGGAGGGCGGCUCAGCCCCGGCGGCGACUGCCUUGGACGCGGAGGCGGACGGGGCUAGUGCGGACGGCCUGUGGGAACUGCCAGUGGAGCCGGCUGAGCGGAGGCCUGAGUGCAGCCGCUGCAGCCGACCUCAGAAAGUGUGUUUGUGUCCGUUUCUACCAGUGCAUCCUCUACACAUCUCUACCCACUUGUACAUAAUUCAGCAUCCAGCAGAGGAAAACAAGGUGUUGCGGACAGUUCCUCUGCUAGCAGCAUGUCUCCCCCAAGAUAAGUGUAAAGUCAAGAUUGGUCGUCGCUUCAGUGAGGAAAGAGAUCCUGAACUUUCAACUGUUUGUCGGAAGUCUGAUACAUUAAUAUUAUAUCCAGGGGCUGAAGCUGCUAAUUUGGAAGAAUUUAUAUUAGAUUCUCCUAUUUAUCCUUCCACAAUCAUCAUCAUCGAUGGUACAUGGAGCCAGGCUAAGGACAUUUUCUACAAGAAUUCCUUGUUCCGACUGCCUAAACAGGUAAACUAUCACAUGUGUUCAUCCCACAUGUGGCAAUCACGUUCCAGGCAAGAAGAAAAGACUUUGCUUCGCCCUCUUCAAGCUUUAUGCUCUUUCCAGCUUCAGCAUGGUGCUCAAAUUCGCCUCAGCAAGGAACACCUUCUGAAAAAUGGAUUAUAUCCUAAGCCGAUGCCAAAGAACAAACGCAAACUCAGGAAAAUGGAACUAUUAAUGAACAGCAUUAAAAUUUAGUACAGUUGUUCUUAUGGUGCUAGUUUUGUUGUCUUCAGCUGACAGUAAUGAGUUAACUUUUUAUACAUUUUAAGUCUGUGGGUUUUUGCCUAAAGAAUGAGAGUUACAUACUAAACUUACCCAGAAGAAGAAAGUAAUCCAAAUAGCCAAAAAACAAACAAACAAAAUUCAGUGAUUCAGUGAAAAGCAAGAUUUCGUACUGUAUUUGUUUUUAAAAUGUGCCUCUAAUACAUUUUUUCAAGUCAGCAAUUUGAAAUGUGAUUGGUUGUUGAGCUGGGUUAGAAGUACUUAUUAAUAAAAGGGAAUGGAAGGAAAUUGAUGUGCCUGACUGGUUCAGUAUUGUUUCUGUUAGUGUUUAUAGAUAAUUAGGUGUAGACCUAUAAUAGAGGAUAAUCUUGCACAUGAACUUUAUAGUUUGAAAUAAGUAACAAAAGAAAAUAAUAAUCAAGUAAUUUAGGUUGAAUUUAUUUAUUUCAUAAAUAAGUAUUCUUUAGGGACUAAAAUUGAAUUCAGCCAAUGUGAUUUAAGUGUGCGAUUA